GGAGAUUUCGGAUCUCUAUGCUGCCCUAAGCAUCAGACACUAUAAAAGAGGUCAAAUUCCAGUUGAUAAGGUUGGACCUUCAAAACAAUGUCUCUAACAGAGGGUACCAUUCCAUUUGCAGUGAAUGGGGAAGUCUUUCACACAUGGUACAAGAUAGCAGGCAAUAUAACGUCCUCCAAACGUCCUCCACUUAUCGUCCUUCACGGUGGCCCUGGAGGCUCUCACGAUUACAUGCUUCCCCUUGUCGACCUAACCGCCAGAGAUCCCCCCAUCGCUGUUAUCUUCUAUGACCAAAUCGGGACCGGGCACAGUUCGCACAUCCACAAUCAACCCUCCUCAUUCUGGUCUAUCGAGCUCUUCGUCAACGAGCUCGAAAAUCUCAUUACCCACUUCUCCCUAGCCGAUAAGGGCUACGACCUGCUCGGGCAAUCAUGGGGUGCACAACUCGGGGCCGAGUUCAUCAUACGCCGGCAACCACGCGGACUCCGACGGCUUAUUCUUGCGAAUGGGCUCGCUAGUGCAAAAUUACGGAACGAAGCGAGGUGGAAACUCAUGGAAAAGCUUCCGCCCGAGGUGGGAGAGACCAUCAGAAGGCAUGAAAAGGAAGGGACGACGCUAGCUGAGGAAUACAAAGCAGCAUGGCGCGUGUUUUACGCAAAUUACGCAUGUCGAAUUAACCCUACUCCAACUGAAGUCAUUCAUACCAUCGGGCAGACGGAAGAUGAUGAUGGAGGGGCUAUAGUUCUGGACAACAUGCGAAAGAAUAUUCUCGAAUUUGAAUGGGAUAUCAUCGAUAAGAUCCAUCUCGUCCGUGUCCCGACGUUGAUCAUCAAUGGCGAAUAUGAUUAUAUGACCGACGAAGUUUGCGCACCCUUCUUCUGGCGAAUUGACAAGGUCAAAUGGGUGAAAUUUUCGCAUUCUAGCCAUAUGCCUCAAUGGGAGGAGAGGGAACGGUAUAUGGAUGUUGUAGACGGAUUCCUUAGUAACCAGGCAUAGGGUUGGAUGCUGUUCGGAGGUACUGCGCAAUUAUAUUUGGAAACCAACGAGUUGUAACGACUCUUUGGAGCCUUGAUAACGAUCAGUUUUGUUCAAU